AUGACAAGCUCCAGAUGUCAGCUGACCCCUGGUAAAAUAUACAGACCCUGCUGUAAAACUGUUGACUGUGUACACUUUGUAUCCCAACCAGAGGUUGAAACAUUUGAUUGUGACUAUGACCCAAACUACCACCCUACAUUUGAGGUGCUCUUUAAUACUGAGGUUAAUAACAUCAGUUUAAGCCUUUUGGAUGAAAAAGACCAGGUGGUUUGGAGGCCACAUGUAGUCCGAUUUAAUGGUACAGAUGCAGCUUCAACCACAAUCAACACAAUGAGCAUUACCUUUGUGGAUACAUACAGAUCAGAGCUAAUUCAAAAAGUUUCUUCAGUAAUGGAGAUAGCAGACUGUCUAAAAGCCAGAGCAAUGAUGACUGAUGAACUGUACAGUAACAUUCAGGCAGCGACAACACCACAGGGGAAAAUGAGAGAACUGUACAACUGUCUCAACUGUGGAGACGUGAAAGCAGAAUUCCAUAGAAUUCUUCAAGAGAAAGAACCCUAUUUAGUUCAGGAACUGAAGUCUGGAAUGUCUUACAGUACCUCAGGAACACCUAAUCAAGUAAAUCACCCACACAAAAAAACAUCCCUUUGUACACUUCUAAUAUGUUUUAAAGUCUUUGUGUAGCAGAAAUAUAUAAUAAU